CUGCGCACAUCGUGGCCCAAAAGUGUGGACGGGGCAGACAGAAACGAAAACCCACAUCCAACAGCACACGGCGCGCUCGGCAGCACGCUCAAUCUUGUUUUGCGCGUUACAAAGCGAACACAGCGUGUGUUUUUCCUCCGUGUCACUCACCGCUGCUGAAAACGCGCCAUAAAAAUUGUGUGCAGCACACUCGGUGCAAACUUUUGUUUUUUGUGUGGAAACGCUUUCCUUGUCGAGUGGGAAGAAUCCAAGCAGACCGUGUUUUGUGAUAAGUGUUUGAAAAGGAAGAUUAAAGUGAUUAGAAGAAAGAAGCCCCUCAGAGAGAACUGAAAUUCAAAUUUUGCUUCCAAGUCGAGCGGCUGGCUCGUGUGAACGUGUGUAUGUGUGUAUGUUUGUGCUUGGCUUCUGUGGCCUGUAUGAUAUAGGCUUGCUUGAGCCACUUUGGUCUGCUUGUGCCUGGUGAACAACCUCGAUCGAACCGUGGUGCGUGGUGUGUGGUGCAUUAGAGAGAUAGCUGAAGAAAAGCAAAGGAAAAGCCCAUCAUCCUCCUCACGCCCGCGCGCUGUUUGUGUGUGCGUGCGUGUGUGUGUGUGUGUUUUGGUCGGUCAUACAGAAGGGGAAAGCGAGGAAAAUUACUUACCCCUCGCGCCGUCGGGUUGAGCCAGCAAUCGCAGCAGCAUCGGAUUCAGCUACAAUUCCACUUGGCAGGAACGGUUCCGGAAUUGAGAAGAAGAAAUCAGAUAAGCGUAUCCGGCUCGAAGGACCAAAACAAGCAACUUUCGCUACAUAUCCAACGUGUGGGUGAACAGUCUCUCUCCGUGUGUGCGUGUGAGAGUGUGGCGUUACGAAGAACAUCCCGCCCUCCCCCCAACAUAUUAUCAAGUGCAACAGUGGCAGCAGGUUUGCUGGCAACGGUCGCAAAGCUGGAUUACAAAAUGCUGAUGCAGGUUUCCCCGGAUGCGGCCGAUGCCGCACUGGCGCUGGUGCAAUCGGGCGGCACCGGCACGACGACGACCACGUCCUCCUCCCAGAGCAGCCAGAAGGACACGACCUGGACGAAGCUGUUCGUGGGCGGGCUGCCGUACCACACGACCGACAAGAGCCUGCGGGAGCACUUUAGCGUGUACGGCGAUAUCGAGGAGGCCGUAGUGAUAACCGACCGCACCACCAGCAAAAGCCGCGGCUACGGAUUCGUGAUUAUGGGCGACAGACUGAGUGCUGAGCGUGCCUGCAAGGAGCCGAACCCGAUCAUCGACGGCAGGAAAGCGAACGUGAACCUAGCGAUACUGGGCGCCAAACCGCGGGGCAACGCAUCACAGGGUUACCAGUUCGCCACGACAGGACUGCGGACGGCCGGCUACCCAGUGAUACCGGGCCAGUACGGAGUGCCACCGUCUUACAUUUACGGCACACCGUACCUAGGCACGGCGGGCGGUUCGACCGGAGCUGGCGCAACCGCCUCCGGACUGGUGCCGAUCCCUGCCACCCAGCUGUCGCACGCAGCCGCCAUCGCGGCCGCCACUAGUCAAUUCUACGAGUACCAGAAUGCGGUAGCAGCAGCCGCCGCCGCACCGUAUCCGGGCCAGUACAGUACAGGGUUCGAUGCGUAUCCCUAUGGAUCCGGUGCCUCAGCUGCCGGAGCUGCGGCUGCCGCCGCCCAGUACAUGGCCGGACCGUACACGUACGCCACGCUGCCGCAAGCAGGAGCUGCCGCCGCCGCCGCUGCUGCCGCGGCGGGUGCAUUUCCCGGCCUGUCGCCCUAUCAGAACGCGACCGGUGCUUCGCUCCAGGAGGCUAGACUGCAAUAAUAUUUACUACCGCAAGCGCUGAUGCUGUCGCUGCUCGGCGAUGGCGUCGGUGGCGUCAACGAGAAGCGCUCGUAACUCGCGACGAAUGCGCGCCUUCAGCUGCGCCAACGCAGCGAGGAGUUGGAAGCUGGUUUAGUUUGUAGUGUCCGCUGCCUAGCCAAAAAAAACAUAAAAAAGAAAAGUUGGAAAAAAGAAAUAGGAAGAAAACAACAGCCCAAACCACCAACCAAUUACACAAAACACUACUAAACAGCGCAUGGUUGGGGCGUACAUUUUAGUUUGCCCUUCGGAGGUGUGUAGUGUUUUAAACUCUAUUAAACUAACAGCUAACCAAACCGGAAGCGUUACGUAACGUUGCGUUACGUGAAAUGCAAACAGUAAGCGAUAGGUAAUAAAGAACUCAGCAAAGCAAAGUAACGGAAUCAAGCCGGAUCAAUCAAUCACCAAUCAAUCGUUCUCCAAUAUUCAUCUCUUUAAUUAAAGAAAAAAGAAACAGCCUCAUAAAACACAAAUACACCCCUCUAUGAGCGCAUAUAAUUGCCAAUUCGCACAUAUUUCAAGCACACAUCUUGUAGCGGGCGCCUGAAAUGGAAGAGCUUAUUUUCCCUCUGCGGCGGUGCCAGUCAGCGUCAGAAUCUGUAAACACACACAUCAAGCAAAGGCCAGCGUGCGAAAGUGCGCCCCAGGCAGCAGGCAUUCAGGCAUAUAAAGAAAUUUACUCUAUUUAUUAUACAACUAGUUUUUAACGUACUGUAGAAAAGCCGAACUAGACCGAUAGUAGUAACCUUGCAUGAGGAACUUGCCGCAGAACAUUGUGGGCGGGAGACACAUUAUUUACUUAACAAAUACUUUUAGCGGAUAAGCAAUAAACAGUGUGGGACAAAACUGUUGGAGAAGCAAAACAAAAUGAAGAACAAUACGACAGCAUAACUCUACGAAAGCUCAAUUCUUGUUUCGUGUCUUCGUCCUUCGUAUGGCGGG